AUGCUUCCUUGCGCCACCCUUGGCCCGCUUGCCUCUGCGCCUGCCACCGCCUUCCCCGCAAGCAUCUGCGCCGGCACUCUCCGCGCCGACAGCCGCCGCGGGGGCAGCGCAAACUCCGCAGGUUGUGAAAAGUCAACGGCUUUCCCUUCCCCCCGGCCUCCGCUUGCGCGGGGGUUGUGCGGAUGGGACCACCAGCGGAAGCGGAGCCUGGGGGGCGGUCAGGGAGGGCGCGCGGGGCGGGUGCUGGUGCGCGCGCAGGGUUCGCCGGGGAACGAAGGGGAGAAUAGCGACGAGGAAUCUUUCGCUGACGUGGAAAAGCAACUGAUGGACUACUUCACGUUCAAGGCAGUCAAGACGGUGCUGCAGCAGCUGCUAGAGAUGAACCCCAGCCAGUACAGCUUCCUCUACGAAUUCACAGUGAACAACGGGGUUGCUGACGGGUCAACCUACAUUCGCACGCUCGUGCAGGAGCGACAGGAGCUAGGGGAGAGGGUCAUGAUCACACGGCUGGAUCUCUUCACUCGGUGGAAGAAGCGCUACUCCCACUUGAGCAUGCACGAUGCGAUCAAGGAGCAGAACCUGGCGCUGCUGCGAGAGCACCUGCUGCAGACGGUCAGCCCCCAUUUCCCCCUCUCUUCCGCGCUAUCUGCGCAAUACUCCCUCAAAAGCGCCUCCUCCGCGCGCGCCAGGGGGAAGGGGGACGGGGAGGCGGACCCGCGCGAGCGCCCGGAGCCGGUGGAAGCGGAGAUAGUGGAAGAAGACGAGUGGGACCAGUGGCGCGGAAGGGGGAGGGCGGGCGGAAGCGGAACGCGCGGGGCGCAGGGGGGGUUUAGUUCAGACGAGCGGGAGAUGCUGCGCAGAUUGGGCGCGGAGGAGCUUCCCCCCGGGUGGGACUCCGCGGACGUGUAUCUGCUAGAGGAGAACGUGUGGGCUAGCAAGCCCUUCUGGUGCCAGCCGUGGACGAUAGUGCUGACGGGAGCCAUGGUGGUGGGGAUGUCAUGGGUCGUGCUGCACUUCAUCUUCGUCACGCUCCUCGUCGCCGCUGCCAUCGGCGUCUGGUGGCUCACCUUCCUCGUCGCUUACCCCGCUGCUUACAAAGAAAUGGUGCAAGAGGAGAGGAGGAGGAGGGGACUGUAA